AUGGAUGCCACCACCAGUGGCACCGGGCAUUCCGUGCAGUAUCACAACAUCGUCGAGAAGCCACUGUCGCUGACCUUCCAGCGGCAGCAGCGGCAUUGCUUCGGCGAGUCAACGCCGGGGGACUUCCCGUUGGCGGCGAAACCCUCCAUCGUCCUUCAUGUCCUCACCGGCUGUAAUCUGGAGCCUCAGGACCUCGCCAGCCUCGAGGCCAGUGCCCACCUUUCCUUCUCCUCGAUCUUAGGAUUGAUAAUGCAAUUGAUUUAGCUCUGUGUUCGUUGCAGGCGACGUGCUCCUUCUUCCGGAAGCCGGCGAAUUACCCCCCGGACUGUAAUCUGUCCAUAGCCGAGCUCGCGGCGCUGGAUAUGUGCCGGAAGAGAGCCAUCUUCAAGUCUGUCUCCCCCGAGGAAGGGGAGAUCAUCAAGCGGAGGUGCGGGGGCACAUGGAAGCUGGUUCUGAGGUUCCUGCUGGCUGGAGAAGCCUGUUGCAGGAGGGAGAAGUCGCUGGCCAUCGCUGGCCCCGGCCACAGCAUCGCCGUCACCUCCGGUGGGCAGGUCUACUCAUUUGGGUCCAACAGCUCGGGGCAGCUCGGCCAUGGCACCUUGGAGGAGGAAUGGAAGCCCCGCUUGAUAAGGUUCUCCUAGAAAAAUUACUGCUCAACUAUUUUAUUGCUUCCAUUUCUCCCUUCCUUUCCCCCUCGCCGGCCAUGAAGAUCAUCCAUCCUGGUUUUUCUGCAGAUCCCUGGUAGGGAUCCGGAUCAUACACGCGGCCGCUGGAGCGGGGAGAACGAUGCUGAUCAGCGAUCAGGGCCACGUUUACGCCUUCGGCAAGGAUUCCUUCGGGGAGGGCGAGAGCGGAGCUCAGGGCUCCACCCUCGUCACCACCCCGAGACCAGUGGAAUCUCUGAAACACAUCUUCGUCGUUCAAGCCGCCAUCGCCAACUUCUUCACGGCUGUGCUCUCGCGGGAGGGAACAGUCUACACUUUCUCCUGGGGCAGCGACGCCAGGCUUGGCCAUCAGACGGAGCCGAACGACCUCGAGCCCCAUCCCCUGCUCGGCGCUCUCGAGGAUAUCCCGGUGGUUCAGAUUGCCGCUGGUUACUGCUAUCUCCUGCUGCUGGCGUGCCAACCGAGCGGCAUGUAAGCAGCUAAUCCACCAUCCACCCGUCUUUCCCGAGAAUUUUGAAGAACUUCGCUCCAAGAUUCAGAUUUUCAAUCCCUCCACCUCUGAAAGCUUGCGUCGAUUUGAUCCGAGGUUUAUUUAUCUGCCGAAUCCUCUCUCGGGUUUUCAUGAGAAUUUAUAAAAAUCUCUCUACGAACGAACGUGGAUCAACUGCCUCAUCCAUAUUCGUCUGUUCUUGCUCACAUCUUCGAUCUUCAGGUCUGUGUAUUCCGUGGGCUGCGGGCUCGGAGGGAAGCUCGGGCACGGGUCGAGGACCGACGAGAGGUACCCGCGCCUGAUCGAGCGGUUCCAGGCGCUGAACCUGCAGCCGACGGUGGUGGCGGCGGGGGCCUGGCACGCGGCCGUCGUGGGCCGCGACGGCCGCGUCUGCACCUGGGGCUGGGGCCGCUACGGGUGCCUCGGCCAUGGCAACGAGGACUGCGAGUCCGUCCCCAAGGUCGUCGAGUCCCUCCUCCCCGUCAAGGCCUCCCACGUCGCCACCGGAGACUACACCACCUUCGUCGUCUCCGACGCCGGCGACGUCUACUCCUUUGGCUGCGGCGAAUCCUCCAGCCUCGGCCACUCCGCCGCCGCCGACGACCCCGCCGCCGCCCAGGUCUCCUCCUCACUCCCUCCCUCUCUCCACAACUCAGAAAAAAAAAAGUUACAGGCAGUGACUGAUCCUGGUUUCUUCUCUUACUCCUCUUUCUUCGGUACAGGGGAACAAUAGGCACGCGAACGUGCUGAGGCCGGAGCUGGUGGCAUCGCUCAAGGAGAAGAAGGAGCGGGUCGUGCAGAUCAGCCUCACCAACUCGAUCUACUGGAACGCGCACACCUUCGCGUUGACCGAAAGCGGGCGGCUGUACGCAUUCGGGGCUGGAGACAAGGGCCAGCUCGGCGUCGAGCUCGCCGACCAGACCGAGCGGGCCAAGCCCGAGAGGGUCGACGUUGACCUCAGCUAG